GCAAUCUUUUAUGUUCCUUGUCAAGAAAAUUGCAACUGUUCUGCAUGUUCUAUAGACCUAAUUUCAGUUUUCUCGUCUUGGAAAGGGUACUGAUCAAAGAUGCCGCAAAAUGAUUAUAUGGACCUGCACAGGAAGAGGCACGGAAGACGCCUCGAUUAUGAGGAGCGGCAGAGAAAGAAGGAAGCGAGAGCUGGUCAUGCUCGAUCGCAAAUGGCAAAGAAGCUGCGUGGCCAGAAGGCUAAGCUUUAUCAUAAGAAGAGAUACUCUGAGAAGGUGGAAAUGCGCAAACUUUUGAAACAGCAUGAAGAAAAGCAGCAGAAGAGUACUGUUGAUACGCCCGACCAGGGAGCCGUUCCUGCUUAUCUGCUUGACCGUCAACAACAAACGACGGGAACAGUUCUUUCCAACAUGAUCAAACAAAAAAGGAAGCAAAAGGCUGGAAAAUACCAAGUUCCCAUUCCACAAGUGAAAGCUGUUAGUGACGCGGAAGCCUUUAAAGUCGUGAAAUCAGGUAAAACAAAUAGAAAAGGAUGGAAGCGAAUGGUUACUAAGGUCACCUUCGUUGGGGAAUCAUUUACACGCAAACCUGCUAAGUUUGAAAGAUUUAUACGACCUAUGGGAUUGCGGUUUACAAAGGCUCACGUCACACACCCCGAAUUGCAAACCACUUUCUGUCUUCCAAUUGUUGGUGUGAAAAAGAACCCAUCAAGUCAGAUGUAUACGUCGUUAGGUGUUAUCACAAAGGGUACAAUCAUAGAAGUAAAUGUUUCGGAAUUGGGUAUGGUCACGCAAGGGGGAAAGGUUGUCUGGGGUAAAUUUGCGCAAGUCACCAACAACCCCGAAAACGACGGCUGCAUUAACGCAGUGUUGUUGAUUUGAGUUGAUCUUGCUAUCUUUCUGUUGUUGCUUUUGGUUAAAGACAUGGUUGGUUGAACUGUACUUACUUCUGGUUUUUUAUGGUUUCUUGUUAUGAAAGACCAGGCUUAUUGACAGAUACAUAAGUUUAUCUUGUACAUAUAUCUGAAUAAAACGAUGAUGUUGGAUUUG